AGUACAUUAAACUACAAAUCAUCCUUAUAUGACAUAGCUUGAAUGUCGAAAAUCCAGCCCGCUAUCGCUAUCUUAGCGCGUCGGUUGCAGCCGCGCUGAUGCUAUCACAAGCUCCCGAGCUCCAUCUUCCCCAGCCUCAUCGCGUGCUCCUCUGUUUCCCUCCACCACUGACGUGAAGCCUCACUGAAGGGCAGCAAUGCCGACCUCAAUGCCAUGCCCGUCUAUACGGAUACCCAUGGAGCUUCUGACGCCUACUGCCUUCGCGCAGUUUGGCACCGUGAUUGAGAACCCCGCAACAUCUCCCAGCUCCAAGUUACCGAUACCGCAGCGCGCACCACCACCCAAACAUGUCCAGGCCAACCAAGGCUCAGCAACAAAGUAUCUGGAUGUUACACACAUGUCAAAUCUCUACAAUCUAGCACCCUCGAAAAAGCCCGCAAAAGCAGUGAUGAACAUGUUUGUAUGCUCACCACGGAACCUACGAAGCAUCGAGCCAAGCGAGAGCAUGCCCAGCUCAUGGGGCGAUCUUGACCUCGACGAAGACGAAGACGGAAACAAGAACCAUGACAAACAACUACUAGACGUAACAAUCCUCGAACGGCACCCCUUCACCACCCAAACAUUCAUCCCAAUGGGUCUCUCGGCGCAAGACAAACACACGCAGUACCUCGUGAUCGUCGCACCAACACUCCCAGCCAGCGCAUCAAAACGCCACAUCGGCCGCCCGCCGCCGUAUCCCACGCCUGUAGUCGAGAGGAAGAAGAGUUUCCGCGAUAUAUUUGCGAGGGCGCGACCAGCACCAUACUCCACCAAAGCUAUUCCGCCCCCACCGCAGUUCGAGAAACUGCAUCUUUCAGCCCGACCAAAAGGGCCUGGACUCCCGGAUCUGAAGAAUCUCCGCGCAUUUGUAGCGAUAGGCAGUCAAGCUGUGACCUACGGGGCGGGGACGUGGCAUGCGCCUAUGAUUGUUAUUGGAGACCGACCAAUAGACUUUGUUGUCGUGCAGUUUGCGAACGAGGUGGAGAUUGAGGAUUGUCAGGAGAUUACUUUGCAGCCCAGUAAACUUGCGCAGGAGGGUGUUGUGGUCACGGUCGAUACGGACAGUGCGGGUAAGGUGCAGGUCAAGGCUGGUGUCGGAUCGGUGAAAGCGAAAUUGUAGUGUUUACCUCACCGCCGCAGGGAAGGUGUAAGGUUGGAGACUACAGUGUACUAUGCCUGCAGUCAGGAAUCGGAAAAUGGAUUUUGCGAAUCUACGAUUCUGGUGUUAGAGAAAUCAAAGCCGGGAGGUCUUCGAGGCACUGUGGUUCGUGAGAGAUGAUUGGGAACCGGAGCAUUCGCUUCUACGAUUUUUCGUUAUGAUGAUAAGGGCUGGAGGAAGUCAGCGUAUUGUUAGGUAGCAUAAAACGCGGGGAUUGCAAAACACGAUUGUAGCAAAAUGUAUGGGGGAAACUAGAGCCUGGUGGUCUUCAGGAAUCUGUCAGAUAGUCCAGGGUAAGAGAUUGGAAGUCCCAAUUCUUGGAAAGUAUGGAACCAAGGGCUGGAGGGCUUCAGGGUAUCGUGAAUC